UUAAACUCAGAGUGGGUUGGGUCUUUUCUUUGGGGGGGUCGGGUUCGUGCGUGUCAUUCGCGUGGCCGGCCGCCGGCUCUGAUUGGCUGGCCGUGAUUACCGGCACGCUUCUCUGUGCGGGGCGGACAAACACCGCAGGCGUCAUUAUGUUAAUGAGCAGCUCCCGCGGCACGGGGCAGACCUCACCCCGCACUCUGAUGCCAUGGUGUGUGCGGGGGGGUCACAGGGGGGUACCGGAGCAGGGGGCCGGUCAUUGUCCGGGCUCGGUAUAUAAGCGGGCUGAGGCCGGUCGUGUGCCAGGCUCACCGGCUCGCACGAGCUGAUCCAGAGCAAAGACGCACAGAGGCGCGUGCCGCACGACCUGCACCGACACACCCGGUCUUGCUGGAUCCUGGUCUGAUCCUGAUUCUGAUCCUAAUCCUGGUCUGAUCUGGUCUCCUCACUCCUGCAGACCUCAGGUAUCUAAGAGCGCGUGUACCCGCUCACCUGCUCAUCACUCUGCACGCGCUGCUCAGCUCCUCCACAGAACCAACCCAAACCCGGACCCUGCUCCCGAACAUGGACUCCGUCUACUCUGACAUCGACAGCAACAGCUGUGACUUCUUCCCGCACACCGACGAUGAGGACUCCCGCGGCAGCCUGCGCUCCGCCUCCCCGGCCUCCUCCCCGGACCCGGACCCGGAGCCGGUGCAGCAGCUGCAGAAGAAGCGUCGCCGCGGACGCGGCCGCAGCGACGCCACCGUGCAGGUGGUGAAGAAGAACCGGCGCGUGAAGGCCAACGACCGGGAGAGGAACCGCAUGCACAACCUGAACGACGCCCUGGACGAGCUGCGCGGGGUCCUCCCCGCCUUCCCGGACGAGACCAAACUCACCAAGAUCGAGACUCUGCGCUUUGCGCACAACUACAUCUGGGCUCUGUCGGAGACCAUCCGGAUCGCGGACCUGCAGGCGGGGAAGACCGGCGAUGCUCCUCUGCUGCUGAGCUCCGCAUGCAUCGCUGAGGCUCCGAGCCCCGGCAGUGACGCCUGCUCCUGGAGCUCCAGCGGCUCCUCGUCCUCCUCCUCCCCGGUUUACAGUGCCUCCAGCCCGGGCAGCCCCGGCGCGCCGGAGGACUACAGCUACCUGCACCAGGACGCUCUGUUCGGCUUCCGCAGCUUAGUGCCAGGCAUCUACUGAGCCUCAGGCCGGCGGAGGAGCCCUGCAGCCCGGACACACCGGCAGAGCAGCCCCGGACAGUUUCCGCUGGAUUAAGAUUCACUGUUUGCCUUAAUGAGCUAAUUAAUUAAUGUAAGAACUCGCCGUGUUCUUUAAUUAGUGUUUAAUUUUGUUUUCUCCUCAAACCUUGCACUUUUCUCCCCUCCUCCCCCCCCCGGACACUCUCUGGAGGUGAAAAGUCAAUUUUACAAUUUGUCGAGUGAUGAAGCAGAAAAAGAGACGAAGCAGCGUGAAAAUCGAGUCUGAAAGAAGCUGCCAUCCAUCACGGACCUCCACCCUCCUCCACCCUCCUCCUCCCCUCCACCCUGUUAGUUCAUUGUUUUAUUUAUUUCUUCUUAUUUCAUGAAAUCUGUAUUUUGUACAUAAAGAGAUUUUUAUUCUAUUUACCGAUGAAGCCGUUUUCUACA